CCUUGUUGGCUGUGUGCUCUGCCAACAAAGGCAAAUUUACUUCUAUGGCAAAUUUGGAAAAGCUCUUUUACAUCGAAUCUGAAAUUAUAGCGCUUGCCGACGUAUUUCUUCGUGAGGAACAUUUCGCCCAUCAUGGCGAGGAUCCCCAUAACCUCGGAGGAAUGAGAGAGACUGUUGAGAGGAACAAGGUUCUCCAUGGGAACAUCUCGGAUAUGAACGAGUAUCUGAGCCACCCAAUCAACGUGUUUCAUCUGACGAGGCGGCUGACCAGGGAGUGGAAGGCCACACUGCAGGUCAUCUGGAAGGGCGAACCGUGUCAAAAAUGGGAUGUCCCCGAGCUGAAGGCUCGAAUAAGCAACAUCCACCACAAUAUCCCGACCAAAGAAGACCUCAUGCGAGUCGCUCUUGGCAUCGCACACAUCCAGUUCACAGAGAACCUGAAGUUUGACGACAUCUACUCCGGGCUGAUCAGAGGCCGGAAGUCUUUGCAGCCAGUGAUCAUUGAGGACCUCAUAGAUUUUGCCUGGGGGUCGUUUGACGGAGGGCAGUAUCUGUUCACGACGAACGUUGUUGAGCGAAUCCUUGAAGAAUGCAAGAAAGCUCCCGAAAACAAGUUCUGCAAUUCACCGAAGGCUUUUAAGUUGGCUGCAACUUCAUACUUCGAGAUGAAUAAAGUGGAAAAGGCAGUUCAAAUGAUCGACAAAGUACUGGCAAUGAAUCCAGAUGAUGGCGGAGCCCAACGGAGCCGUCGGUUCUACGCGGGGAGGCUGCGACGCAAAUCUUCGGGAAAGGAGGUACUCUUCAGCGCCCGGAACGUCAAAUACUUCGAGACUUGCAGAGGAGAGAGGAAGAAGAGCGCUGCCCAGAUGUCCCGCCUUCACUGUGUCCUGCUUCCAACUCGACAUUUCCUGGUGUUCGAGAAGGCGGAGUACCAUCACAUGGAUCCACCCGUAGUCGAGUUCCACUCUACCAUGAAGCCAAGCCUCCUGAAAGUAAUGAUGAGAAUCGCAACAAAAGCCUAUCGGUCGAUGUCAACAAACAACCGCUACAGUUCUCCGGAUUUUACUUUUCAACCGCUCCCUACGUAUGCAUACAAGCAGUAUGAGUCAAGAUUCAUGCAUCUCAAAUCUCCAAUGGCAUGGCCAUUCGUGGAGGGAACUGUCGAGAUCCGGCAGAUCAGCCUGGAAGGCAUGUAUUUCAGGGCCAAAGAUAAAGAAAACUUGCCGAACCUUGGCGGCCAUGUUGGAUCAUUCUUCACCUUUCUAAACGACGACUACAACGGCGGGGAAUUUGUAUUUCCUAAAUACAAAAUAAAGUUAACUCCCAACAUUGGCAAUACUAUAUUCUUCUUCGCGACAAAAAGCACACUGAACAUUUGUCCCGUUUCAUAUGGCGUUCAAUGGCUUGCGGUUCAGUCUCUGUACGAGAGGAAGGUCAAGGGCAGGUGUCGUCUCUAUGACAACGACUUGUGGGAUAAGAACGGAAAAUGGAAAUUGGCGUAUUAGUUUGGCUUCCUGGCGUCAUCAUUGCAGAGGGCUUUGCUCAACCUCAUGAUCACAUCAGUCACCCUUUAACACAUGUACUCAAAGCCAGUCUCAGUGUAAAUGACGGUCCCCACAGUGACUGUUCUUCAGUAUAUUGUUCAUAUGUCGAGGAAGUUGAGCCUGUGUUUUAUAUAUAUCCCCUGACAAGAUGGUUGUGAAUGUGUGUGAUGAGAGACCAAGUAACGUUAUGUGACAAACUGUAGAGAAUAUGUAUAAUCCAGCAAAACGAUUGCGUUUUAGGAGUCAGUAGUCGCAGAGUUUGUAUAGUUCAGAAAGUUUAUUUUAAACUAUCUUUAUAUCCGUCUUCAACGAGAUACGUUAGAACAGACUAGUUGUGUUCAUCUUUAACUGUCUAACCACAACCAAGAACACGUUUUACAAUGGUUUCAACGCUUCUCUGAGCGGUGUGUACUUAAAAGGGCCUAUCUAUUCAUUACUACUUACCUCGACCCGUGAUAGUUUGUUUCUAUAUAAUCUAAGACCAUGCAUAUCGUCUAGUCUCUCAGCGGACACAAUAAAAGACAAGUGAGUGUUAGCUUCGAGGGCAAAAUGUAACACAAGUCAGUAAUAUUUUGGCAGCAAAGUAAUGUGGAAAGUUUAACUCUUUCUGCUGAUUCUACAUGGGUGUUAUCAUAUCUGGACGCCCUGGUCAUCAUUUGUGUUUGAACUGACGAUUUAAUAUGUGUCCCUUUAGGAACAAUGAGUUAAAAUGCUCUCAUGGUCAAUGUGUUUUACAGUAUGGAAACGAAAGAUGUUUUAUUUUAAUGCUGUGUAUAAUUAUGAUAAAUAAAGCUUACUAAA